AUGGCUGUUUUAAACAAUGAAUGGCCAAGUUGGCUGAGAAAUACCAAUGACACAGCCCGGGUAUGGGUUCGCGACAGAUUCUUGAUACCGCUAUAUCAGAAGAUCAAGGAGCACGAUGCAGCAUACACUCCUGCUACAUUGUUGUCAUCUACUGAUCGAAUCAAAAUCACAGCACUUCGUCACUACAAGCAAACUGUCAUGCCGAGCCACGAAACUGCUCGCGUCGACAUUCGUCUUGAUUUUCCCAACAAUCAAACUCCGCCUCUAGAUCUUAGCAUCGUCUUUGAACGUACAGCUGGAGAUGCGGCGACGGACAAGAGAAGUGUAUUGAUACCACUAGGCCUUAAACCUCCAGCUUUGGAUAAGGCUGUUUUCUACAAUCCAAUCGAGGCUGAUGAACAACUGUUGAGCGAGAACGCUGUUGAGCUCAGCCACUCUACUUCGGAUGUUAGCGGCCAGUACUUUAACCUUCUGUUCCUUGCCUUUGUUUUACAGACACUGAGCUCCCGCAAUCCCAAAUAUGACUUAUACACGACUAUGUGCUACUGGUACGCUGGUUCAACUCUCGACUGUCUACGUCUUGCUUUGAACAAGUCUCAGCAAGAAGCCGAGUCGCACAUUACAGGAGGCGAUGCUCGCGAGAACAGCGACCAUCUAGGUCGUGCGACAUUUGCAGAAUUCUGGUGGUUCAAGUCCCCAAGUUUUUAUAAAAGUCAAGUUCCUGAUACGUUCCACGCUUUAACUCUGGAGAAACCUGAAGUGGAAACACCCACAGAAGAGUUCAUGGGAGUGGUGGAGGAAGCAGAAACAAAAACGAACACGUUCAGGGCUAGCCUCAUUUUCGGUGACGAGGAUUUAACUCAGCCAGAUAAUCGAAAAGAGUUUCUGAGACGACACUUGGUUGUGGACGUUCCAAUUGAAAUAGGGAAAAGAGGAGACGGCUACAGGUUGACUCCAAAGCCUUCGCCUGGUUUUCUGUUGAUGGAUGAGCAAGCUGUGGGCAGCGAAAACGCCAAUGCAGGAAUGCUGACUGAGGCCCGAGAGUUGUUUUACAAAGAAAACCGAUUCUUAGUUACUCUGAAAGCUCUCGAUGCGUUUUGGAAUGGGAGAUAUCAGAAGUAUGAGUUGGGGGGCCUGGUCAGGUCAUCAAUUCGACACAUCACCAUCGCUAUUUCUACGGAUGAUGACCCGGAGUUGUACUCGACUAUGGACAUCCUACGAUCUUUGGAUCCUAGUACCAAAGUCAGAAUUGUUCUGAUAGGGGUUGACGAACGAGGGGAGAGCGAAGAGUCAGGGGAAAUUAAGGAAUCGGGAGAAAGUGCCAUGUCUCGAGUUUGUGAACAAAUCGCGCCCUUGAUGGCUACUUUGUUUACACGAUUCACGGACUUUAAGGUGCACAAGCAGCUGUUACCGGAGGAUGCUGAUAACAAUGUGGUUACAAAGAUUUUUGAAUCUCUUUAA